AAAGUAAGGUUCAAGACUAACAUUGAAAUGGAUGGGACGAGAAAGAAAUGAUGAGAAACCCUUAAAUUAUCAUUAAUGUUGCUUGAAAACCUUUUGUUGGUCAUUUCAACUUACAGUGUAACCCAGUUUAGCUGUGUCAAUAUAAAAACAAUCAACAAAUUGUAAAUGAUUUGAAAAUUGAAUCAAUAAUGAAUCACUUUUCAUUAGAAAUGUACAUUUCUACUUCAAUCACCUGAUCCUGAUUCAUGUUAACAUCAAUCACACAGUUACCCAUUUUACCGGUUUAACCAAUAAUCCAUCGAUCUGGUUACUUUUACCCAAAGAACCAGUUUACACUUAAAAACAUCAUCACAUUAACUUGCAUUGGAAACUUUGAGCAUUAGCAUUAAAUUUUUAUUUCUUCAGCGGUUGUUUUUUUAAACGAACAUCACUUCCAAGUCAACCUCCAUCGAAACCACAUCUAAUUAGUGACUUACUAUAAACCCUCUGUGAUACACCUAAUCUCUGUAUACUGUUUAGUGUUGCCUGUUAUAACUGUUUAUUUGUUGUUGUGUUUUUUUAUCACAGAACAUGACCAGCUCAACACAGGUAGCAAUGGAGAUAACGAGCGAGGAAAAGGAAGCAAUUGAAACAAUCAGGAAUCGUAUUAUGGAGGAAUCUUCAACUGAUCCGGAUGCAUUUGAUGAAUGUGACUUGAAGCGAAUCCGUGAUGAUGCCUAUGUUAAGAGAUUUCUCGAUGAAAGAUAUGGCAAAGUUAAAGACGCCAUUAAAAUGUUAUCCGAUUGUCUUCGCUGGCGUAAAUCUUUUGGUGUGAACACAAUGACUCGUGAUGAUUUUCCGAAGGAAAUUUUUCAAGUUGGCGAAUUACAUGAGUUUUAUAAGGAUAAAAACAACAUUACAACGUUAUAUUUACGAAUUGAAAGACAUCGAGCUCUUUCUGGCUGGAUGCCAAUGAUUAAACGGUACAUUGUGUUUAUGAUUGAACGAGCUGAACGUCAAGCAGCUCGCAACGGGCAUGGUAUUGGUUUGGUUGUUGAUGCCAGAAGAGGAUCUAUUUCUCAUGUGGAAAUUGAAUUGGACUUUUUUGCCGUUAAAGCUAUUCUCAAUUACUACCCAGGCUCUCUACAAUAUCUAGCAGUUUACGAGAUUCCCUGGCUUCUUAUGGCUAUCCUCAAGUUGGUUAAAUCAUGGUUUCCCCCUCAAUAUCAGAAUAAAUUUCAUUUUCUGAAUCCGAACAACAUCGACGACUUCCUCGGAUUGGACAAUGUUCCUGAUUACAUGGGAGGUAAAAAAGCAAUGUUAUGGCCUGAAGAAGUAUUCAUAUCACCAUCAACUGCUGAACUGGAAGAACGAGGCGUUUUACCAAAAGGAUCAACAAAUCUUGUUAAAACUUCUUACGCUUCAGCAUUGCAAGAUUUCUACGAUUGUAAAGAUAAACAGGUAUUGAAAACAAUCAAAGAUGGAGAUGAAGAAAUUCAAAUCGUCAAGAAUGGCGAAGACAGUUUAAAAGAAAUCGUUCCAAAAACAAACCAAGCAAUCAGCAAUCCAAGUACCGGGGAAAUUUUGGUUACAUCUUAACCAAAAGGCAAUAAUCUGCAGUUAUAUUUUCAAGCUUAUCCAUUAUUAACUAUUAUUAUUUCUAUUACAUAUUUUUAUGCUAUCAACAUUAUAACUGGACAAUUGCAUUUGCAUAGAUAUUUUUAUACUAUCUUAAUCGUUACUUAUACCAUUAUACUUGGUAUUUUCAAUGAUUGUUUUUAAUAUCAUUAUUCAAAGACAAACCCUAAAUCGGUUCAUCAAUUUUAUAUUGUCUAAGAAAACACUUGACCGUUAAUAUGAUACUUGGACAUCUAUUUUGACAACCAUUGAAUAUAACAUUGUUUUUUAACUUUCAAUUGAACGGAGCUUUGCUUAGACAAAUUGUAUUUUGAUUAUCUUUAUGACAAAACAAUAAACUGUAACAAUUUCAGAAUCUAAA